AAAACAGAAGUCCUCAGUGAAGAUCUGUUACAGAUCGAGCGGCGCUUGGACACAGUGCGCUCCAUGUGUCACCAUUCCCACAAGCGCCUGGUGGCCUGCUUCCAGGGGCAGCAUGGCACCGAUGCCGAGAGGAGACACAAAAAACUCCCUCUGACAGCUCUCGCUCAGAAUAUGCAAGAAGCAUCAACUCAGCUAGAAGACUCUCUCCUGGGGAAGAUGCUGGAGACGUGUGGAGAUGCUGAGAAUCAGCUGGCUCUGGAACUCUCUCAGCAUGAAGUCUUUGUCGAGAAGGAGAUUGUGGACCCUCUGUACGGCAUAGCAGAGGUAGAGAUUCCUAACAUCCAGAAACAGAGGAAGCAGCUCGCCAAAUUGGUUUUAGACUGGGACUCGGUCAGAGCCAGAUGGAACCAGGCUCACAAAUCUUCAGGAACCAACUUUCAGGGGCUUCCAUCAAAAAUAGAUACCCUAAAGGAAGAGAUGGAUGAAGCUGGAAAUAAAGUAGAACAGUGCAAGGAUCAACUUGCAGCGGAUAUGUACAAUUUUAUGGCCAGAGAAGGGGAGUAUGGCAAAUUUUUUGUUACGUUAUUAGAAGCUCAAGCAGAUUACCAUAGAAAAGCAUUAGCAGUCUUAGAAAAGGCCCUUCCCGAAUUGCGAGCCCAUCAAGAUAAGUGGGCAGAGAAGCCCGCCUUCGGGACGCCUUUGGAAGAACACCUGAAGCGGAGCGGGCGUGAGAUCGCGCUGCCCCUCGAGGCCUGCGUCAUGCUGCUCCUGGAGACGGGCAUGAAGGAGGAGGGCCUUUUCCGAAUUGGGGCUGGGGCCUCCAAGUUAAAGAAACUGAAAGCUGCUUUAGACUGUUCUACUUCUCACCUGGAUGAGUUCUACUCAGACCCCCAUGCUGUAGCAGGUGCUUUAAAGUCCUAUUUACGGGAACUGCCUGAACCUUUGAUGACUUUUAAUUUGUAUGAAGAAUGGACACAAGUUGCAAGUGUACAAGAUCAAGACAAAAAACUUCAGGAUUUAUGGAGAACAUGUCAGAAGUUGCCACCACAAAAUUUUGUUAACUUUAGGUAUUUAAUCAAGUUCCUUGCAAAGCUUGCUCAGACCAGUGACAUUAAUAAAAUGACUCCUAGCAACAUUGCAAUCGUGUUAGGCCCUAACUUGUUAUGGGCCAAAAAUGAAGGAACGCUAGCCGAAAUGGCAGCGGCCACAUCCGUCCACGUGGUUGCUGUCAUUGAGCCCAUCAUUCAGCAUGCCAACUGGUUCUUCCCCGAAGAGGUGGAAUUUAAUGUAUCAGAAGCAUUCGUACCUCUCACCACCCCAAAUUCCAAUCACUCAUCCCACACGGGAAACGACCCUGUCGACUCAGGGACCCUGGAGAGGAGGCGGCCUGCCAGCGUGGCGGCGAUGGAGGGGGACCUGAUGAAGAAGGAGAGCUUUGGUGUGAAGCUUAUGGACUUCCAGGCUCACCGGCGGGGUGGCACCCUAAAUAGAAAGCACAUAUCCCCUGCUUUCCAGCCGCCACUCCCACCCACAGAUGGCAGCACCUUGGCUCCAGCGGGCCCAGAGCCCCCUCCCCAGAGCUCUAGGGCCGAAAGCAGCACAGGGGGUGGGACUGUCCCCUCUGCGGGCAUACUGGAGCAGGGGACCAGCCCGGGCGACAGCAGUCCUCCAAAGCCCAAGGAUCCUGCGGCUGCACCUGCACCCGGGAGAAACAGCAGUCAGGCGGCCCCCGGCCAAAGCCAGGCCCAGGCCACUGCCGGCUCCCAUCAGCUCUCUGUGGGCCCUACGCACAAUUCGGCCGGCCCGAGCCCUCACACGGUGCGCCGAGCUGUUAAGAAACCUGCUCCAGCACCCCCGAAACCUGGAAACCCGCCUCCUGGCCAUCCCGGGGGCCAGAGUUCUCCAGGAGCAUCUCAGCAUCCACCCAGCCUGUCACCAAAGCCGUCCACCCGAAGCCCUUCCCCCCCGACUCAGCCGCCCGGCCAGGCCCCAGGCCAGCCCUGCGCCACCUCGCAGCUCUCCGCCCCCCGGAGAUACUCCAGCAGCCUGCCUCCGAUCCAAGCCCCCAACCACCCGCCACCGCAGCCCCCCACGCAGUCCACACCGCCACCAGCGCUCACCAAGCCAGGCAGCCAGGGCCCGCCGGCCCCCGGGGCCCCGCCCGGUGAGCCCGGACUCGAGCAGUCCUCCCACACCCCUCCCCAGACGCCGACGCCCCCCAGCACUCCGCCCCUAGGAAAACAGAACCCCGGCCAGGUGGUGAGUAACCCCGAGACCGCGCAGCCACACGCUGGAACCUUGCCGAGACCGAGACCAGUACCAAAGCCGAGGAACCGGCCCAGCGUGCCCCCACCCCCUCAUCCUCCUGGCGCCCACCCCGCCGGGGAUGGCAGCCUCAGCAUCGCAGCUCCCACCUCCUCCAAAAUAGUCACGGACGCCAAUUCUAGGGUUUCAGAACCGCUUCGCAACAUCUUUCCCGAAACGCAUUCAGACUCAGCCAGCAAAGACCUGCCCGGCCGCAUUCUGUUGGAUAUGGACAAUGAUACAGAAAGUACCGCCCUGUGA